AUGCUACAGCGCAAGUCCGAGUUCCUGCUAUCUGAGGUGGGAUUGGAGCCCAUAUACAUUGCUCAUCGACCGAUAAUUACUUGUCUUAGCCUGGAGGGCCGGGUCAGGCCCCGGUACUAUGUUCUCAAGUUCCUCAAGGAAAAUGGAUUGGUAGAUCGCGAGCUGAGCUUCUAUACUGCAGUCAGUACGCCUGAGAAGUAUUUCAUGAACAAGUACAUAUGCCCUCACAAGAAAGCCGCACCACACCUCGCUGAGGACUAUGCAACCGCUUGCAUAGGGGAGAUACCAACUAAUUUCUUGUUUAGAUGA